CUUUACAACCCGCGGAGAGGAGGCGUCUCCACGGCUGAAGUUUGAACAAAGUUCCCCUGAACAGUUUUGUUUUCUGCAGCGGCAGCCAGAAUAGAAAAGAAAACCCCAAAAGAAACGCUUUGUGCGAUUUUUCCGAAGUGAAACCUCAGGUGAACAGGGCGUCCAGCCGCCGCGUCUAUGCCCUCUCCGUCCUUUCCCCCCGCGGUCUUCCUGAAAACACCUGCGUGAUUCAGGUAACUCACCGAUGACAAGGGAAGUCCCUGGGCAGCGAGCGGUGUAAAGUUUGUCCUGCAGGGAUGUGUUCCAGUCGGGGUAUAUGUGGCGGCAACGACCGCCCCAACAGAUCCUCCAGCUCGGCGGCCACGGGUUCAGGCGCUCACUAUGCCCUGUGCGCCCUGGGAGUGGGACUCAUCGCCCUGGGUAUUGUCAUGAUUGUGUGGACUGUGAUACCGAUGGAUGGAGAGGGCUCCGGCGGCUCCCACGCUACGACAGGCAACUCCACCACAGUGCCCCAAGGUGGUGGUGGUGGUGGUGGUGGUGAUGAUGAUGAUGAUGAUGAGGAGGAUCGCAAAGACGGGACAAAGUCUUCAACGGUGGCUAUGGUGCUGGUCGGAGUCGGGGUCGCCAUAUUGCUUUUAUCCAUUUGCCUCGGCGUGAGGAGCAAGAGGAACGCACGCAACAGAAGUAACCAGCCACCGGCAACGGGAGGCCUCCUCAUGGACCACGUGCCAGGGCAGGAGGCGGAGACAGCUGCAGACACGGCCGUAUUCAACGUGCCAAGCUACGAGGAGGUCGUCGGCGGUGACAACUACCCCGUCCGCCAGAGCAACCUUCGCCAAAGCACCUCCCAGCUGCCGUCCUACGAGGACAUCAUAGCCGCCGUGGAGAAUGAGGGAACGGAGCUCGCUAUCAACCCCUCCGACGACACCCCUCUUAAUGAUCCCACACCAGCUGCCCCUCAGCCUGCCGCAGAGGCCCCGGCCGACCCUCCUGGCCUCACAUCAAAUCCAAGCCUGCCCACCCGCAGCACCAGCCGGGCCAGCCGUCUACUGCGGCCCCUCCGGGUGCGGAGGAUCAAGUCAGACAAACUGCACCUGAAGGACUUCCGCCUCCAAAUCCGCAGCCCCACGCAGAAUCCAGUGGCCAUUGAACCCAUCACUCCGCCACCACAGUAUGACAAUAAGAUGCCUGAAUUAGGGUAGUGUCUCUCACUUAUUGCCUGCUCCGAUGAAUAAAAAUAUCUCUGCGUUAAAUGGACUAAUGAAAACACUUUUGAGAUCCCACUUUCAAGGUUGGCAUUAAGUAGGUUAAACGUGGCUCCGAGCAGCGUGAUGGAGGCCGUACAACACACUCCUGAAGUGAGGAUGUUUCAAGUGAACCUUCUUAUCGCUGAAGCUUGUGAUUGACAUAUUUAUUCUGUUACAAUGCAUAAUUAAGUCUGCGCCAAAGGAUCAGCUGCCAGAGGUGAGACUUUGUUUGAAACAUCGUUUCAUAACUUACAUCAAACAUACGACAGCCUUUCAGGUUUAUUGAAUAGCCAAUUGUGUGCUGUAAUGGACAAUCUCUUAAUAUGUUUUUCACCUAACCAGAAUUCUGAUGAGUUGUUUGAUUAAUUGUGGAAAGAUUUAAACUAUAUGUUGUUUCAAAAGGGGGAAAAGGGGGAAAUUAAUUACCUGGGAGAUUUUAAAGUGGUACUAAGCAUCAAUGUUUUUGUGAUUUAUAGCUCUGAAGAAAAUGCACUGAGGCCAAACACAUUUGACGUAUUAUCUGUUUCUUCAUGCUUUUUGUAUGUUGUUUUUUAAUCUAUUGUCUUAAACAGUCCUUUAAAAUGAAAAUGGCUUCUGUAUGAAGUCCAACGUGAACUGUCCAACGCUGGAAACACUGGGAUCAAUCAAUCUGUAACAGUAAAACCAGAAGUCAGCUAUUGGAUGUUCUGGUACGGGAUUUGAUACUAAUAAUUAGACUUGCAUUGCUUCAUAUGACUUUUAAAGGUGUUAAGAUGUUUAAACUAUGCUGUAAUAUUUGAAAAAAAAGUGGUGAAUAAAUGUUUUUCUAUUUCAUUCAGGAUCAUGUCAAGAUUUUAUAUUUUUGUUGCUAAAUAUAUCACUGAAGAGGAGUUUCCUCAAACAUCAUCUUAAAUAGUCAAGAUCAGUAGAAGCAAAUACAAACUGAAGUGUCACCUGUGAACCUCCUCUGGUGCCACUCAAACGCAAAAUUAGAAGUUAUCACUCCAUUUUCUGAUGAUUUUUUUUCUUGAUUGCAUGCUGUAUGUUUGGUAGAACUGUAUUUAUUCUGAGAGAGAUAAAUAUUGUCUUUGUACAUACGGUUAAUAAAAUGUAACUGUA